CACGCACUCCGAGCGAGAUUUGAAAUUGUUGAAGUAAACCAAAGAAGCGUAUUGAUUUUGUUGGACUAUUGUUACGACGUUUACCGCUGUGUGAGACGAUAGGAGACAAAGUGAAAUUAUUCCUGAAGUAAAUUAAAGGAGCGAGCUGAAAGAAAUGUAGGUGAUCAUCUUUUCUGAGAGGUGUGAAACAAGGUCUGGUUAGAAUACAGCGGUAAUUAUCCUAACAAGUUCACUAUGCAAAGAAAGGAAACUAUGGAGAGAAAGGCGCACUGGCCUUCAAGAGUGGAUUUAAGAAUUGGAGUCUCAAUUUUACUUGCCUACGGUCUAACAAGAGUAACAUUAACUCAAGCCCAGUUUACAGCGUGCACAACCCGCGGAAAUUACACAGAUGAUGUUUAUAGGGAAGUUCCGAUAAAAAAUGCGAGAACAAGUGUGAAAAUCAGCAGUCCAGACUUCCCCAAGUCCUAUCCAAGGAACAUACAGUGUACAUGGAGAAUAAUCGCCCCAUUCGGUCACAAAGUUAGGCUUUCGUUUCUUGAAUUUGACUUAGAAGGAACUUACAUAGAGACAGGUUGUCAUGACUAUGUCAGUGUGAGUGACGGUGGGUUAGAGUUUAGAGACAGCAAAGUCGUUAAAAGGCGUUGUGGCUCGACCAAACCUUCAAUGGUUAUUUCUAGCGGCACAGUCCUUUGGUUGAGAUUUCUCACAGAUAAGGAGGUGGAACAGACGGGAUUCGUUGUCAAAGUACUUCCUGUCAGCGCCUCGACCUCCAAGCGCCAUAUCGCCAUUGGUGUCCUUCUCGGCGUGCUUCUGCUCAUUCUCAUGGCUAUCAUUCUCCUUUGCCGCAAACGAUUCCGAAAGCCAGACAAGAACGCACGUAAGGUCCAUAAGUACCAGGAGCUUCCUAUUCCCACGGAAACAGAAGCCGAGCAAACAGACCCUCCAAAUGAUGUACCAGGAUUACCCAAAAACGCUGAAGCGUCGGGAUAUUGUCCCCUUUCGGAAGAAGUGGACAUGGUUGAGCCCAAGGAUAGUUGUACAUUUCGUAAAGGUUCUUCAAAGAAGGCCACGGAGGACGAAAGUGACCAGCUAGAGUAUAGAGAAUUGCUUACUGUCGUGUGAACGGAUCUCGAUAUAUUUAAGCAAAGUUUCGGUUCAAAUGGAACCAAUGCAAAUUCUGGUGAGUUAAGACUGUAACACGUAUUUUGACAGUAAACAACUGACGAAAUACCUUUUCUUAUUCCGCAGCGGCCGAAAUAUGUUUGAAAAAUAAUGCUUCUUGGUUCUUGCAACGAGUGUAUUAUAUCUAGAUAAUGGGAUUUGCCAUAGCGUGUUUAGGAAUAUGCCAUCUGUCCAAGUGUUACACGAUAUCUGUCCCUUUUUUUCAAUUGGCAGCCACUGACUAUCAGCGUAGUAAGACUUACUCAAAUGACAACUUUUGUUUAAGCAAAAUAGUUAUCAGAAUUUAUAAGAGAAGAGAGAGGUAGGUGGCAUAUAGAUAUCGGUAGUUCUAUAAACCGUAAAAAAACAAAAACAAAAACAAAAAAAAAACAAAAGCAAAAGCAAACAAACAAAUUCCUUGAAACUAUAUUAUCAACCGACGUCUGGGAGUGAGAUAACUUCGUGAAACACAAAUGAAAGUUUUACCCAAAAACAUUAGAUCGAUGUAAUUGAGUUAGUAUAUAUUAUUCCAAAGAUUAGGAUGCUGAAAGACAGAAAACAACUUGAAAGGUUGACUAUGAAUAAAUGAGCGCAAGAAAAGAAAAGGUUCUUUAUUUACUUGAUGCGACUCAAUAAUGUGAGCUUUAUCGACACGAUCUGGCCACAUCUUAUAGCCUUUACACAAAGAAUAAAAGGAUUAAUAAACCUCAUAAAAUCAUA